AUGCUCUUCUCGGCAUACGUCUCCCUCGCUCUGGCUUCGGCGGUCCUGGCCGCUCCUCAGGACGGCCAACGAGCACAAUGCCCAACCACAAUCACUCAGACUUCCUCUUUCCCUGUCCCAACCACUAUCACGAGCUGCAAGAACACCAUCAGCAAAUGCACCGCCACGACUUCAAUCCCACCACCGCCAACGACGCCAUGCACCAAGAAGACAAAAACCAUCACGACAACGACGACAAUCGAGAAGCCAAAGAAAACGGUCACAUCCACCGUAACCCCAAGCUGCCCAUCUCCCACCACCCCAGCAACCCAACUCAUCAACGUCGUCGGCUUCCAACAAAACCGCUGUGGCAACCCCGCCGUCGCGGAAUCCGGCUCCCGACCCAACGUCCAACUCGUCUCCCUAACAAUCCCACAAGGCGGUGUCAUCGGCGCCACCAAUCCGGGCGACUGGUCCACACUCAGCACUCCUGAUAGCGGCGAAGACAGCUGCGGGCGCUUUGAUAACGGCCAGAUCAGCAGUCUCAUCUUCCAGAGUCUACCAUCGAACUUGGCCUUCGCUAGUACUUGCAGGCUGUUUGCUUUCCGCAAUGUUGGCUGUGAUGAGGGAGCCGGGUCUGUUGCUAUUGAUCUCUCGCGGGCGCAGAGGGGGUUGUGUCAGGAUCCGGAGUUGUUGAGCAAUAUCAACUCGGUCCAGAUUCGAUGCUAG